UAAUUUUAAAAAAUAAAGCAAGAUUGGAAAUAAGUUGUUAAAUUUGAGAGAUUAAGAUUUUGAUACAUCAGAAAGAGGCCUGCAGGACUGCUUCAAAGUUUGCAGAUGUGAAUCACAGGUUCAUCCCCUCUUGUUUAACAAGAAGUAUGAGCUUUCCUGAAGACCAAUCCAAACGCCGUGCGCUUAAUGCGCUGAGAAAAACAACACGCCGACCACCACCGACCGACACGAGGGGCAGACCCUAACUCACUCAUUCAUCUCUCUUCUAUAGAAAAUGUACUUGUAGCUGUAAAGUUGGUCGUUUUCCAGACGGUGUAUUUGUUUAUUUUUUCAUAUCGGAUAACUCCCCAUUCAAAUCUGUGCUACUUUACUGAAAGAAUAAUUUAAGAUUAACAUGACAAAAAUCCUGUUCGCUUACAGCGUUGUUAAAUCCCUGAGGCACGGAUGUGUGGUUGGCAGGAGAGUGGGAAACACGUCGGCCUGGCUGAGACUUCAAACUACCAAACAUAUCAGUGUGAAGGUGAGAAGACAAUGUGCCCAGACAGCCCACCUGGUCUUGGAGGAUGGCACAAGGAUGAAAGGGUUUUCUUUUGGGCAUGAUGCCUCUGUAGCCGGGGAACUGGUUUUCAACACUGGCCUGGUGGGCUAUCCCGAGGCCCUGACUGAUCCCAGCUACAGGGGUCAGAUCCUGACCCUGACCUACCCUAUUGUAGGAAACUAUGGGGUACCCAACACCCAGGAGCUGGACGAGCUGGGCUUGAGAAAAUAUGUGGAGUCAGAGCAUAUCCAGGUAUCUGGUCUUCUAGUUCAAGACUACAGCCAUGAAUACAGCCACUGGAACUCUGUCAAGUCUUUGGGACGAUGGCUACAAGAAGAGAAGGUGCCUGCACUGUUUGGAAUCGACACCAGAAUGCUGACCAAGAUCAUCCGAGAUAAGGGCACAGUGUUGGGGAAGAUUGAAUUUGAAGGGCAGCCUAUUGAGAUAUCUGACCCCAACCAGAAAAACCUGGUAGCAGAGGUCUCAACCAGGGAAACUAAAGUUUUUGGAAAAGGAAACCCAAUAAAAGUGGUGGCUGUCGAUUGUGGCGUUAAACAUAACAUCAUCCGCCUGCUGGUUAAGAGGGGUGCAGAGGUCCACCUUGUUCCGUGGGAUCAGGACUUGCUGAGUCUAGAGUACGACGGGCUGUUCAUCUCCAAUGGACCAGGAGAUCCGUCUCUGGCCAAGACACUCAUCGACAACAUUCGCAAGGUGCUGGACAGUGAUCGUCCUCAGCCAGUGUUUGGGAUCUGUAUGGGCAACCAGAUCACCGCUCUGGCUGCAGGAGCUAAGUCAUACAAGCUCCCUAUGGGCAACAGAGGUCAGAAUCAGCCGGUGCUGAAUGUGAUGUCGGGCCAGGCCUUCAUUACGGCUCAGAACCACGGCUACGGCAUAGACAGCAAGUCUCUGCCCCCGGGCUGGAGCCCACUUUUCAUCAACGCCAAUGAUGGCACCAAUGAGGGUAUCAUGCACAACACUAAGCCUGUUUUCACAGCCCAGUUCCACCCUGAGGCCAAAGGCGGUCCCACCGACACAGAGUUCCUCUUUGAUGCCUUCAUAUCCCUGAUCAAGAAAGGAAAGGAUGCAAACAUCGAGUCGGUCAUGCCCAGGAAACCCCACAUCCCUCCCAGAGCCCAGGUGUCGAAGGUGCUCGUACUGGGUUCUGGUGGUCUGUCUAUCGGUCAGGCGGGAGAGUUUGACUAUUCUGGAUCUCAGGCUGUCAAGGCCAUGAAGGAGGAGAACCUGAAAACAGUGCUGAUGAACCCCAACAUAGCCUCAGUUCAGACCAACGAGGUGGGCACCAAGCAGGCCGACUCCGUCUACUUCCUGCCCGUCACGCCAGAAUUUGUAACCGAAGUCAUCAAAGCUGAGCGUCCAGACGGCAUCCUGCUGUCCAUGGGUGGACAGACUGCACUUAACUGUGGAGUUGAGUUAUUCCAGCAUGGCGUCCUUGAGAAAUAUGGGGUGAAGGUUUUAGGAACCCCAGUGGAGUCCAUCAUGGCCACAGAGGACAGACAGCUUUUUGCAGACAAACUGAUGGAGAUCAAUGAGAAGAUUGCACCCAGUAUCGCCGUGGAGUCGGUGUCUGAUGCCUUGAAAGCGGCAGAGCAGAUUGGCUACCCAGUGAUGCUGCGAUCGGCCUACGCCCUGGGAGGUCUGGGCUCUGGUCUGUGUGCCAACAAAGAAAAGCUGGAAGAAACUGCUCACAAGGCUCUGGCCAUGAGCAGCCAGAUCCUGGUGGAGAAAUCUUUGUUGGGCUGGAAGGAAGUGGAGUAUGAGGUUGUGAGAGACGUGGCUGAUAACUGUGUCACCGUCUGCAACAUGGAGAACUUUGACCCGCUGGGCAUUCACACAGGGGACUCCAUAGUGGUGGCACCGAGCCAGACACUGUCCAACGAGGAGUACCACAUGCUCCGGGAGACGGCCAUCAAAGUGGUUCGUCACCUCGGCAUUGUAGGCGAAUGCAACAUCCAGUACGCCCUUCACCCAUCGUCUCUGGAGUACUGCAUUAUUGAGGUUAACGCUCGGCUCUCCAGGAGCUCUGCUCUGGCAUCCAAAGCCACUGGGUAUCCCUUGGCUUUUGUUGCCGCUAAAUUGGCUCUGGGAAUCCCCCUGCCAGAGAUCAAGAACGCUGUGUCGCAGAAGACCACAGCCUGCUUUGAGCCCAGUCUAGACUACAUCGUCACCAAGAUCCCCCGCUGGGACCUGGACCGCUUUCAGGGCAUGUCCCACGAAAUAGGCAGUGCCAUGAAGAGUGUCGGAGAGGUGAUGGCGGUGGGCCGGACCUUUGAGGAGAGCGUGCAGAAGGCCCUGAGGAUGUGUCAUCCAUCAGUGGAUGGCUUCGUGCCACGGCUGCCACUCAAGAAAGCCUGGGCUGACACCCAGGACCUUCAACAGGAGCUGGCUGUGCCCUCCAGCACCCGCAUCUUCUCCCUCGCCAAGGCCCUCCACAGUGGUACGAGUGUCGAACAGAUCCACCAGCUGACGGCCAUAGACAAGUGGUUCCUGCACAAACUCCACAGGAUAACACAGCUGGAGCAGCAGCUGGCAAACUACAGGAGUGACACAGUGCCCAAGGGGCUGCUGCUGAAGGCAAAGCAGGACGGCUUCUCAGACCGGCAGGUCGGUCAGAUUCUGGGUUCCAGUGAGAGAGCAGCCAGAGAGCUGAGACUCAGUCAUGGCAUCAAACCCUGGGUCAAACAGAUUGACACCUUGGCAGCAGAGUAUCCAGCCAUGACCAACUACCUGUAUUGUACCUAUCACGGUCAGGAGCAUGAUCUGGACUUUAAAGACCAGGGAAUUAUGGUUCUUGGUUGUGGGCCCUACCACAUUGGGAGCAGUGUUGAGUUUGACUGGUGCGCAGUUUCCAGCAUCAGAGCAUUGAGACAGAUGGGCAAGAGGACAGUGGUGGUCAACCAUAACCCUGAGACGGUCAGCACUGACUUCGACGAGUGUGACCGCCUUUACUUUGAGGAGUUGACCCUUGAACGCAUCCUGGACAUCACUCAGCAGGAGGGUUGCUCCGGCAGUAUUGUGUCAGUGGGAGGCCAGAUACCCAACAACCUGGCCGCCCCACUACACCUGAACGGGGUGAAGAUUCUGGGGACGAGCCCCUUGCAGAUUGACCGGGCUGAGGAGCGCUCCGUCUUCUCCAGUAUACUAGAUGAUCUCGGGGUAGCCCAAGCCCCAUGGAGGGCUCUCAGCUCCCUGGAAGAUGCCUUUGCCUUUGCCAACCAGGUAGGCUACCCCUGUCUGCUGCGACCCUCCUAUGUUCUCAGUGGCUCUGCAAUGAACGUUGCGUACGGAGAGGAGGAGAUGAAACGCUUCUUAGAAGAGGCCACUCAGGUGUCCCAGGAGCAUCCGGUGGUUAUCACCAAGUUUGUCCGCGGUGCCAGGGAGGUGGAGGUGGAUGCUGUGGCCAAGGGUGGCAAGGUUCUGGUCCAUGCCAUAACAGAGCACGUGGAAGAUGCAGGGGUACAUUCAGGAGAUGCCACCCUAAUGCUGCCAACCCAGACAAUCAGCCAGGGAGCACUAGAAAAGGUUAAGAUCGCCACCCGCAAAAUCGCACAAGCAUUUGAAAUUUCGGGGCCCUUUAACACCCAAUUUCUGGUUAAAGGCAAUGAUGUCAUGGUGAUUGAAUGUAAUCUGCGGGCAUCGCGCUCCUUCCCUUUUGUGUCAAAAACGAUCGGUGUGGACUUCAUUAAUGUGGCAACCAAAGUGAUGGUAGGAGAGCCUUUGGAUGAGGCCAGCCUGCCCUCGCUGGAGAACCCCAUCAUACCUGUCGACUUUGUUGGCAUCAAGGCACCCAUGUUCUCCUGGCCACGACUGAGGGAUGCAGACCCCGUCCUUCGCUGUGAGAUGGCCUCCACAGGAGAAGUAGCUUGUUUUGGACCAAACAUUUAUUCAGCCUUCCUGAAGGCUAUGCUCUCCACAGGUUUUAAGCUACCACAGAAGGGCAUCCUGAUUGGGAUUCAGCAUUCGUUCAGACCCAAUUUCCUUUCUACAGCCCACCAACUGAAAGAGGAGGGAUUCAAGCUUUAUGCUACUGAAGCCACUUCUGCCUGGCUGUGUGCCAAUGAUGUGCCUGCUACUCCAGUUGCCUGGCCUUCAGAGAAGGGAGGAGACACCAGUCUGCCCAGUAUUAAGAGACUGAUCAGUGAGGGUCAUAUUGACCUGGUGGUCAACUUGCCCAAUAACAACACUCGCCACCUAAAGGAUAACUUCAUCAUCCGCAGAAUGGCUGUUGACCAUGGUGUUCCACUCAUCACCAAUUAUCAGGUGGUGAAGUUGUUUGCGGAGGCCAUUCGCUAUGCGGGUGAGCUCGACACUACCAGCCUCUUCCACUACCGGCGGAAAGAUAACCAACAAAGAAGGGCUGGACAGCAGUGCUAAAGUUUCCUUCUCUUCCCUUUGGAAAACAGCAGUAUUGAGAGGGAGCAAAUUUCCAUUAUGUAGUUUCUUCAAAAUUCCUUGUAUCUCUUUCCUGAUCAUAUGUUAUCAAGAUUUAGUGGAGUUAUUUAGAUGCCAAGAAUUACAGUCUGUCAGGAGUUGGUUAGACCAAAACACAAUAAUUAGUUAUAAACUACUAGAGGGUACUAACAGUGUUACAGUUACAGUGACUCACCGUUGUCUCUUGAGGUACAAAGUGGAAUCACAAAGGCAGGAUGCGUCGAGGCUAGCUGGUUAGCAUGCUUACUAUAGCUCUUUUAACAAACAAGUUUGCCAGGUUGUAGGAAAUCUUAUCGUUUCUAAAUGAACUGCGGACCAACAGAACAUCAGAGUAAACUUCUUGAACAACUAAACUAGAUAGACUAAAACUGUUUAAAAAACAAUUAAAAAGACUGUCAUGCUGAAGGAGGAUAAACACCAACCAGACAAGCUGGAAAUACAAAGGUGGUUAUGAUUGGUUAUAAAAUAGGCUAUAAAGCUUUGAAGAAUUACAACUAAUUUACACUGACCAGAGAGGGUAUUUACACUGCCUUUUCAACGAGAAUAAAUACAUAAGGGCAGUGUUGCUGUUGUUCUUUCUUUUGCUAAGGAUCAGUGGUUUAUUUUUAUUAUGAGAAUGGGAUGCAAUAAGGUUUUUAACUUCUCGGUGGUCUUAUGAUGCUUUGGCCGAACACAUUUUUCUUUGUGUUGAAAAUGUACUAUAUACU